AUCCUUUGCAAGAAUAAAAUAUAAUAAAAUGAGAAAAAAUAAUAAUAAUAAUAUUAAUUUCCCCCUAAAAAGGAGCACGUGACAUGCCGCCAUGUGCUUGCAAGGCUGGGGUGAUGUGAUUUAUUACAGUGUAUGGUGGAGUUAAAAGUUUUGCUCCCUUGUACUUUGGUGCAGGAAAUAGCACAGGGAAGUUGCAGGGUGCAGGCAUGUGCGAUAGCGGGAUAAAAUAUCGCCUCCCUAUUCUCCAGCCACGCUGCUGCUCUACAUUACUUGUUUCCACCGCAUUGUCUAUAAGAAGUAAGUAGGCAGGAGGUUGUCUCUUUCUCUAUGUCGGCACAGCCGGUUCAUUGGUAAUGUGAUGAUUGUCCUGAGGGACAUUUGAUGGAUUAGAGAGCUAAACAGCUCCAUUGCAAAGCACCACCUGAUCUCAGGCCUGCGUCCCAUAUAAAGACAGCAUGAGUGCUGAGCUCAGCUAUUGCUGCCAGAUUUCCCCCCUCCCUCCUUUCCUGCUCCCUUCAUCUCCUUUCUCUCUCACUCUCUCUCUCUCUCUGCACACUGCAGAAAGUCGGAGCUGUCCAGUGCUGAAUGUGAGCCAUCGUCCCCGUCUCUUUGAAGACCAGAACCAAACAAAAGCAGACCCUUGUCCAGCUCACCAUGCCACGCUCUUUUCUGGUCAAGAAGAUAAAACUAGAUGACUUUUCAUCCAGCGGGAUUUCAAAUUACCACCACUUUGAUGAUCCCUGUGUCCUGGGGCAGUCGCUCACCAGCGCCGUGGGAAGCUUGGGAGUCCCUGUUGCUGAAAAGGGUUACGUUGAGCAUUGUAUUACAUCAUCUGAUUACGAAGACGGGAAGAAAAGUGGAAGCAAAUUUUCCUCAUCUGAAACUGACUACACACCAACUCACGAUGACUACAGUGAGCCUGACAGCCCACAGUCCAGUCUCUCAGCCGGGUAUUUUAGUGGAGAAGCAGCAGUCACAGACAGCUACUCAAUAGAUGCUUUUUUUAUUACCGAUGGCCGAUCAAGACGAAGUGGCGAGAACCGUGGAAGUCAGCGUCAUACGUGUAGUGAAUGCGGUAAAACCUAUGCCACCUCUUCCAACCUCAGUCGGCACAAGCAAACUCACAGGAGCCUGGACAGUAAGAUGGCAAGGAAAUGCCCAACCUGUGGCAAAACAUAUGUAUCCAUGCCAGCCUUGGCCAUGCAUCUUCUGACGCACAACCUGAAACAUAAGUGCGAUGUAUGUGGGAAGGCUUUCAGCCGGCCCUGGUUGCUACAAGGCCAUAUGCGUUCCCAUACUGGUGAAAAGCCUUUUGGUUGCGCCCACUGCGGUAAAGCCUUUGCUGACCGAUCUAACCUUCGUGCACACAUGCAGACGCACUCGGCCUUUAAGCACUACAAGUGCAAGCGGUGUGAAAAAACCUUUGCUCUCAAGUCGUAUCUCAACAAGCAUUACGAGUCAGCUUGCUUCAAGGGCUCGGAGCAUGAGUGCACCGUCCAAAGCUAAAGCAAGGUGCAUAGUGUAAAACUUUAUACAACUAAACAUGGCACAAACCACUGUGCUCUCCCGCCCUCCUCGAUGGCACAAGGCACCAGAAACUGAAAAUAAAUAAAAAAAAUCAGGGUACUUGGCAUAUAACCGUGUUAGAUUAGGUUGCACUUUACCGCCAUCUACAAGAGCACCAUAUUUGACCUUGCUUUUCCGGACCACAUCACACAUUGCUCUUUCUUAUUUAAGUUUAUUUAUUUUAAGCCGUGCAAUAUAAAUUUCACACUUUUUUCUUAAAAGAGACUUACUUACUCUCCACUCAAGCUCUUAAAGAAUUCUAAUGUGCAAAGCCAAGCUUUCUUAAGAUGAACCACAUGAAAUGUGAACGUGUCAUUAGAACUAAACUGGACUGAACUGAAUGGAGAGGCUCGUUAUUGCUCAGCCUCAGGUGCCAUUUAUCUGUCUUGCAUCAUAUAUAUUUUUUGGGAUGUGCGUAGUUAUUUUUUCCAAAAACUUUGUGCCACGCUUCUUCUAAUUUUCAUGUAUAAAGCAUAAAGGAUCCUAGCCGUGAAUGCACAAAAAAGUUUCUUGCAGGCUAAGCAGCAAACGCAUGAAUGUCCCACAUUAGUUCUUCCUAAUGGCGCCAAUCCUGACUGGCUGUGUAUAAAGGCAGUAAGAUUUCCUCCAGUGUCUUGUUUUAAUAGUUGGAAGCACAUAUGUACAGCAAAAAAACAGGCAAAGUAGUGCCAAUAUUUAUAUAGCAAAGGGAGUCUAAAAGAAAUGGCACCCAACUCCAGUUAACUUGUCGCAGAUUCCCGCGAAACAGUGUUACCUCUAGUGUUUUCUAAAGCAAUGAGAAUAUGCACUAUAUUUGGAUGACUGAUACACGUAUUUAUUACCCACCCUGCAUUACGAAAGGGUCAUUUCACUGAGCAUUGUGACUACUCUAACUUAUUACGCUCUGCAUCAUGAUGCCACCUCCACCUUUGCGUGAAGGCGAAUGUUUGAAGCGAUUGUUACGAUGAACUGCUUAUUGAAGUAAUGUAAUUUAUACAAGGUGUUAUUUAUACUAUUUAUUUGCCAAUUUACUUUUCUUAAUAACUUUGAUUUUGUGGCUGCAAAUAACUGGAUAGAAUGUGGUGGAAUAUGGAGAGACGGAACGGUCAAUGUUUACAGGCGAACGUUACAAGUGACAGGCACGUUUCAGCGCAUUCGACUGUCUUCCUCCUGAGCUCUGCUAAAAACAGAAAGUAUUCUUCAGGCCCACAAAUACGAUCAAGCAUCCGGGAGAUCCUGGACGAUCCUGGAAUAGCCUAUGCAAUUUCUCAUUGACUUUUUACCUCAUGACGACUCAAAGGAAGCCUAUAUAUAUCUAUAUAUCUCCCGCCACUGGUAGCUCUGGGACUUUUGUCAACGCUUGUACUUUCUGACUGCUGUUCGGUCAUCUUUGAGCCACAGAUUCUGCAUUGCAUUUCAUUAGCUAGGGUCCAGGCUGGUUUAGCGGCAUGCUUGAGGUUUGUUACAUCUGCUAAGGAAGCCUGGGUAUCCAAAAAAUCAUCGAGAUGAUUUCUACAACAAAAAAAUGGACGUUUAUUGAAGUUUACAGAGUUAUGUACCAAUAAGUGACAGAAUAAGCCUUGCAGCAAUCUUAUGCAUAAACAGCACUUGUAGUGGGGACGCUGGUCCAUCUUAUAUAAUGCAGUAUUAAUACACAUCAAACAUUGCAAUGCAGAAUUUUAACCAACAACAGCUGAUUUUGCAAGUCUUGCCUUGCUUUUCGACAGACCGACUUAUAUCAUACAAUACAGAGGGAGCAAGGAACAUUUUCUCACAAUGCUUGCUGGGAUAACUCUUUAGAGUCUCUUCCACUUUCCUGCAUGCCCAACUAUAACAAGCCUUGAGUUCAUAGAUAAUAGUAGCCUUAUUUGCAUCAUCAGUGUUAUUGCUUUGCAAGGGAGAAUGUAUCAAUAGUUACAAAGAAAAUCAUGGCCUUAGAUAUAUGAUGUACACAAAGCAUGGGAUAUCAAUUCUCGGCUGCCAAUAAUCACAACAGGAACAGGUAAUAAAUCAGGGCAAUGGAACAUCAAUGUGACUAUAAUAUGUACAAAGCCAUGAAAAGACCAAUAAUGGCAGCUGAAGACUACCUACACUGCAGAUGGACCGAGCUGGGGGGUUGGCUCCAUAAAGCUCAAAAUGUCCUAUUAUUAAAGGCAAACUCCUAUCAAAAGGAGUCUUCCAUGUACACAUGACCACUCAUUGUAGCUGAACAUGCAUGUGUUCUGAAUGGAGAGAGGGGGGAAUGCCCCUGCCAGGACCCUGUGCCACCCCCUCCCCUUCACACUCCGGUUUUCCCUCUAGACGUCUCUGUCCCGGCAGACAUUUCUACCCUCCAGACUUUUCUGUCCCCCUCCAGACACCUGUCCCAUCUAGACUCCUCUAUCUCCCUAAAACCAGUCUGCCUCUUUAGACUUCUCUGUCACCUCUGUCACCCUCCAGACUCCUCUGCCCUCAAAAACUAUUCUGUCCCCACAAAACCCUCUCUGCAUCCCCAAGACUUUUCUGCAUCCCCAGGAAUCCUCAGUUCCUUCCAAACUCCUCUGCCAUCCCAAGACCCCUCUGUCUCUCUAAAGAUUCCUCUGAUGGUGGCUUCUCUUCCCCUGGAAACAAAAGGAAGGGGGAAUGUUUUAAUAAUGACGCAAAUGUCAGGGGGUCCCCAUACACAUUAAAGUGGUACUCCACUGGAAAACAUUUAUUUUGCUGGUGCCAGAAAGUUAAACAGAUUUGUAAAUUGCUUCUAUUUAAAACAUCUUAAUCCUUGCAAUACUUAUCAGCUGCUGUAUGUUCCAGGGGAAGUUCUUUUCUUUUUGAAUUUCCUUUUUGUCUGACCACAGUGCUCUCUGCUGACACCUCUGUAGAUUUUAGGAACUGUCCAGAGUAGGAGCAAAUCCCCAUAGCAAACCUCUCCUGCUGCGGUCAGUUCCUAAAAUGGACAGAGGUGUCAGCAGAGAGCACUGUGGUCAUACAUAAAGGAAAUUUAAAAAGUAAAGAACUUCCUGUGGAGCAAACAGCAGCUGAUAAGUACUGGAAAGAUUACGAUAAAAAAAAAAAAAAAAAAGGAAUUUAAAAAUCUGUUUAACUUUCUGGCACCAUUUGAUUUAAAAAAAAUAAUGUUUUCCAGGGGAAGACCCCUUUAAAUGGAUGUCUGGUCCCAUCAGAUUGGUAGUUCAGAAGACAUUAAUGUAAUAGGUAUGGUCACCUUAAAUUUGGGCAACAAGAAAUGCAGUAGGUGACAACAUCAGAGUCCUCAUUCCUAUUUGAUCAUUGUCAGAAAUGGAUUAUAAAUGACCAGCACUUACCCCCUGUAGGGAGCACAGCCACCAGUACCCAACACUGGAGUCAGCAAUAAAAGGUAAAUAUAGCAAAAUAGUUCAAAAGUAGGCAAUAAGUGGCAUUCAGUCUCUCAGAAUUAAGUAAAGUUUAGAAUUUAACUUUCUAGAAAUAGGAUUGGCCACCGCUAUAUACUAGGCCAUAGGUAACGCUGGUCAUCAAGAGCCAUGAAUUCUAACUGACCGACCCAGGACUAAUACUUGAGGGUUUUUUAUCUUCUUGAUCAGCAUUGUACAUUGCAUGAAGUCUUGCUAGAUAUCUAAUACCUGCUGUAUACAGAAGUCUUUAGUGAUUACUAUCUCUGCAAUCCUCUAGGUCAGAAACAUACAGGGGCUUGGAACUUGCAAUAUUGUCUGACAUCUAUCAAAAAUCCUGAUGAAAGCAAAAAUGUGCUAAGCGGGAGGUAACCCUAUAACUAAAAAUGGGAGCUCUUGUUAGUUUAUGGUAGCCGACCCCCGAAUCAUAGGACGGUAGAGCAUGGAGCAUGUUUGAACCCACUACCCAUCUAUGCAAGAGGGAAAGGCACAUCACCUUAGGCUGGUUCCCCUCGCACAUGUAUAUGUGUUGUUGUCCAUGUUGGGAGCCCUAUGCAGGUCAAGAAAGGAGGAUAAAGCUAAUCCAAGCCUCUUCUCCCCCCCCCCCCCCCCCCCACAGGCCGCAGACCUGAACAUAUGACCUUUCUUUCCGAUGAUUUAUUCAGGCUGCUUGUGUUAGGGUGACUGUAGAUGUAAUGACAAUCAUUACAGUUACCAUUAAUGAUCAUUGUUAUGUCUAUGGCUCUAGAACAAUCGGUUCUGACUGAUCAUUAAGGACUUGUUUAAUGUCUUUCUUUUCUCUGUUAAAAGCUACAACCCGCGAGUUUGCAGCAAUGCACAUAAACCUUAUUGACAACAGUGGGAACAAUGUUUCCAUUAUGGCAAAUACCUUUUGCAUGUAUUCACCCCCACCCUCCCCUGGCAGAUCUUUAGCUUUAGCUGCAUUAGUUCUAAGGCAAUGUCUUGCUGCUGAAUCAAAGUGCAGAAUCUUAACCUGUUAGCACAAGCGCUCCUCCAUGUUCAUCUCAGCCCGCACAUUUCACAAGACCCAGCGUGCUGGCACCAGAAUGGGUUAACUUCGCCUACUAUGUUAUUAGAGUAGAUUAUGCAAAAAAAAAAAAACCCUGACUAAUUCUAAUCGACUUCAUUUCAUCAAGAGAUGUGCAUUUGCAAACUGAUGGCACAGCCACAGCCGUCACACUUUUAGCUGCCUUCUGAUCCCGUAUGCCGCAUUUUUACCUGUAGACAUAGGACACCUGCCCUUCUUUCGUAUUUAUACUGUACAUAGAAAGAUACAGCAAUAAUUUUAAAUGCAUGUCAGAGUUUUGGUUCUCCAAAAAUAAAAGGUUUCUUUUUUUAGUAACUGAUGCUGUUAAAGCCGGUUCUACUUGUCACCUUUUACUGUAUUAAUUCUCAUGCAAUUCAGGGAAAUUAAAGAGUUUAUGAUUCAAUA